AUGAACUAUAUUGUGAAUAAUUUCGAAAAUACACAAACACCAAUUGAUUGUAAUAUUCUUAAACAAAAUAAAGCAAUCAACGACAGUUGCUUAACACCAUUAAAUUUAACUUGUGAUAAAAAUGGAAUAACAAUCAGCAAUAAUAAUAAACCGAAAGCUCGUUUAUUAGCUAAAUUACUGAAGAGAAAGAAACGCAAAAGUAAAACAACUAGCCAGUUGGCAUACCGAAACAAUAAUAACAGUAAUAAAUCAGAUAUAUCCAGUGAAAAUUCAGCUACUACGAUUAUUGAUGAUGGUGAUGAGGAUGACAAUAUGAAUUUGAACGAGGAAUUUCCACAGAUUACUGAUGAAGAAUUACAAGCACUUCGAUUGAAUAUUAAUCAACGUGAAAGACGUAGAAUGCAUGAUUUAAAUCUGGCGAUGGAUGGAUUAAGAUCUGUAUUACCCUACGCUCAAAAUCCAUCAGUUAGAAAAUUGUCAAAAAUUGCAACAUUGUUAUUAGCUAAAAAUUAUAUCCUUCAAUUAACAAAGAGUUUAGCUGAAGUACAAGAAAAGUUGGCUGAUUUAUUAUCAUCAUCAUCUCGUGAUCCUCAUCAUUCCACAGAUCAAUUGGUGGAGUACAACAAAAAUACUUCAAUGGAUCGGAUGAUACCAAGAUCAAUGUCUACAUCAACAGGUAGACCAUCUUCAGAAAUACUGUCGUCUUAUUCAUCCUAUCCUUCUGUUUGUCAAUCUACUUGUACACCAUCAAAUCUAACCAUGUUACAAGCAAUAUCAUCUCCUAUUCUCCGAUCAAAUAUUCUCCCUUCAAAUGAUCAGACUGUUUUGUUGAAUUUAAACAAGAAGAAUUGUAUGAAUGGUGAUAAAAAUAUGAAUAUUGAUCGUCAUCAUAAUUAUAUUUCUACAUCGAGCUCAGUAUUCCCCUUGCUGCAAUGUACGAAAAAAAAUAUAACUCCGCAUUUAACAGAAGAAUUUAGCGUCACGUCUAUUCCCACUACUACUAAUACUGCCAUUAUUAUUGAUAAUAGUCCAGUAGUGUCAUCGUCACCCCCACCCCCACCACCACCAACAUCGUCAUCAACAACAACACCAUCGCCUAAUUCACUUUUCUCUACAAUUAACCUUUCUUCUCCUUGUUUAAAUGAAAAGAAUUGUUUAAAUCAAAUAUUGAACCCACUAAUAUUGAACAAUGAAUUUGGCGGGAUUACAAAUUUAUCGUGUUAUUAUUACUAUUACCAACAACAGCAGCAACAACAACAAAACCAACAUAAUCCCCAUUUUAUUACACAACCUGUUACAAAUCAAAUGUUCAAUCAUAAUUUUAUGCCUACACUACAAAGUUAUGUAAAUAUUUUAUAG